GUCCACCUGCGCUUCUUCCUCUGCUCCCUCUACGCGCCCAUGUGCACCGACCAGGUGAGCGCCAGCAUCCCCGCCUGCCGCCCCAUGUGCGAGCAGGCCCGCCACAAGUGCGUCCCCAUCAUGGAGCAGUUCAAUUUCGGCUGGCCCGAGUCGCUCGACUGCGGCAAGCUGCCCACCAAGAACGACCCCAACGCCCUCUGCAUGGAGGCCCCAGAGAACGCCUCGGCUGCUGAGCCCCACAAGGGCCAGGGCAUGCUGCCCGUGGCCCCCCGGCCCUGGCCACCGGGCACCGCCGAGGGCCGGGGACCCAACGGCCUGGGGGCCUGUGACAACCCCGAGAAGUUCCAGUACGUGGAGAAGAGCCUCUCCUGCGCACCCAGGUGCUCCCCCGGGGUGGACGUCUACUGGUCCCGGGAGGACAAGGACUUUGCCUUCAUCUGGAUGGCUGUCUGGUCCACCCUCUGCUUCGUCUCCACCGCCUUCACCGUCCUCACCUUCCUGCUUGACCCCCACCGCUUCCAGUACCCCGAGAGGCCCAUCAUCUUCCUCUCCAUGUGCUACAACGUCUACUCUGUGGCCUUCAUCAUCCGCUCGGUGGCAGGGGCCGAGAACAUUGCCUGCGACCGGGAGAAUGGCGAGCUCUACAUCAUCCAGGAGGGGCUGGAGAGCACGGGCUGCACCAUCGUCUUCCUCAUCCUCUACUACUUUGGCAUGGCCAGCUCGCUCUGGUGGGUCAUCCUCACCCUCACCUGGUUCCUGGCUGCUGGGAAGAAGUGGGGACAUGAGGCCAUUGAGGCCCACAGCAGCUACUUCCACAUGGCUGCCUGGGGCAUCCCGGCCAUGAAGACUAUUGUCAUCCUCACCAUGCGGAAGGUGGCAGGGGAUGAGCUCACGGGGCUGUGCUAUGUGGGGAGCAUGGAUGUCAGUGCCCUGACCGGCUUCGUCCUCAUCCCGCUCUCCUGCUACUUGGUCAUCGGCACCUCCUUCAUCCUCACGGGCUUCGUCGCCCUCUUCCACAUCCGGAAGAUCAUGAAGACGGGUGGCACCAACACAGAGAAGCUGGAGAAGCUGAUGGUGAAGAUCGGGGUCUUCUCUAUCCUCUACACCGUCCCGGCCACCUGUGUCAUCGUCUGCUACUUCUACGAGCGGCUGAACGUGGAUUACUGGAACCUCAGGGCCCUGGAGCGUGGCUGCCUGCACCUCCCUGGCCGGCGUGCUGCCAACUGCUCCUUGGAGGCCUCGGUGCCCACCGUGGCCAUUUUUAUGCUAAAGAUUUUCAUGUCGCUGGUGGUGGGCAUCACCAGCGGGGUGUGGGUGUGGAGCUCCAAGACGCUGCAGACCUGGCAGAGCCUGUGCAACAGAAAGCUGAGCGUGAGGACGAGGGGCAAGCCCUGCAGCGGGGUGAGCUGUGGCGGGGUGCAUUGCCACUACAAAGCCCCCACGGUCAUGCUGCACAUGACCAAGACAGACCCGUAUCUGGACAACCCGACGCACGUCUAG